GAAUAAUUUCCAAAAGUAUAGUUGCAUUUUGCCAGAGAGGCACUCACACAAAGAUAUUCGAUAAGAUAAGCUUUUUUUUUCUUUUUUUUCUCAUCAAAAAUAUACACCAAAGGGCUUCGAUUCUUCUGCAGACUGAAUAAAAAAAAUCAGUUUGCUGCAGCCGUAAGAGCUUUAGGAUUGGGAGAUGUCUAAUUCAUGUUCAGGUGGUGGUGGGUGUAGUAUUGUAUGGUUUAGGAGAGAUCUAAGAGUUGAAGAUAAUCCAGCUUUAGCUGCAGCUGUAAGAGCUGGACCUGUAAUCGCUGUGUUUGUAUGGGCACCAGAGGAAGAAGGACACUAUCAGCCUGGUAGGGUUUCAAGGUGGUGGCUCAAGAACAGUUUGGCUCAGCUUGAUUCUUCUCUUAGAAGCCUUGGUACUUGUCUCAUCACCAAGAGAUCUACCGAUAGUGUUGCUUCUCUUCUUGAAGUUGUUAAAUCCACUGGUGCUUCUCAGAUCUUCUUCAACCAUUUGUAUGAUCCAUUAUCCUUGGUCCGUGAUCAUCGUGCCAAGGACGCUCUGACAGCGGAAGGGAUAGCGGUUAAAUCAUUCAACGCAGAUUUGCUUUACGAGCCAUGGGAAGUGACUGAUGAAUUAGGCCGUCCUUUCUCAAUGUUUGCUGCCUUUUGGGAAAGGUGCCUUAGCAUGCCUUAUGACCCUGAGUCUCCUCUUCUCCCACCCAAGAAGAUCAUUUCUGGUGAUGUGUCCAAGUGUGUUGCGGAUACAUUGAUCUUCGAAGAUGAAUCAGAGAAAGGAAGCAAUGCACUUCUAGCUCGUGCCUGGUCUCCGGGUUGGAGUAAUGCUGAUAAGGCUCUCACAACCUUCAUAAACGGACCACUGAUUGAAUACUCUAAGAACCGCAGGAAAGCUGACAGUGCCACAACCUCGUUCCUUUCUCCACACUUGCAUUUUGGGGAAGUGAGUGUGAGAAAAGUUUUCCAUCUUCUUCGGAUCAAACAGGUUGCGUGGGCAAACGAAGGAAACCAAGCCGGGGAAGAAAGCGUGAAUCUUUUCCUCAAAUCUAUCGGUCUCCGGGAAUACUCUAGGUACAUAAGCUUCAACCACCCCUACUCACAUGAAAGACCACUUCUCGGCCAUCUUAAGUUCUUCCCUUGGGCUGUGGAUGAGAACUAUUUCAAGGCGUGGAGGCAAGGCCGGACGGGAUAUCCCCUGGUCGAUGCCGGGAUGAGAGAGUUAUGGGCUACUGGUUGGUUGCACGAUCGCAUAAGAGUAGUUGUUUCAAGCUUCUUUGUCAAAGUGCUUCAGUUGCCAUGGAGAUGGGGGAUGAAGUAUUUCUGGGACACACUUCUUGAUGCAGAUUUAGAAAGUGAUGCUCUCGGUUGGCAAUACAUCACCGGUACUCUGCCGGAUAGCCGGGAGUUUGAUCGCAUAGAUAACCCUCAGUUUGAAGGAUACAAGUUUGAUCCAAACGGUGAGUACGUAAGAAGAUGGCUUCCAGAACUUUCAAGACUCCCCACGGAGUGGAUACAUCAUCCAUGGAACGCGCCUGAAUCUGUGCUUCAAGCUGCUGGUAUUGAGCUUGGAUCAAACUACCCUCGACCAAUUGUUGGAUUAGAUGAAGCAAAAGCACGGCUUCAUGAAGCACUUUCACAGAUGUGGCAACUAGAAGCUGCCUCAAGAGCUGCAAUAGAGAACGGAACCGAAGAAGGACUUGGAGAUUCUACCGAGUUUGUUGAAGCUCCUAUCGAGUUCCCUAGAGACAUCACAAUGGAAGAGACUGAACCAACCAGACUCAACCCAGUCAGGAGAUAUGAGGAUCAAAUGGUUCCAAGCAUUACUACUUCGUUGAUCAGACCUGAAGAAGACGAAGAGUCGUCUCUGAAUUUGAGAAAUUCAGUAGGAGAUAGCAGAGCAGAGGUUCCGAGGAACAUGGUCAACACCAACCAAGCUCAGCAGCAGGAGGCAAGAGCUGAACAGGUUUCGAACCAAGUCACUGCUAUGAUUCCAGAAUUCAAUAUUAGAAUUGUUGCAGAAAACACUGAAGAGUCGACAGCAGAAUCUUCCAGCAGCGGAAGAAGAGAGAGGGACGGAGGCAUUGUCCCCGAGUGGUCAGGGUACUCGGAACAGUUUGCUAGUGAAGAGAAUGGGAUUGGAGGAGGAAGUACAACAUCUAGCUACUUGCAGAACCACCAUGAAAUAGUUAACUGGAGACGGCUGUCACAAACCGGGUAACGAGGCACAAGGAGAGGAACUUCAUAAGGACUGUAACUCCGGUUAAACGUGGGUGGACUUGUAAGCCGAGUAUACAUUUGUUAUGGUUAAUGUAUUUCCGGUUAUGGAACUGGAGUGAAACUUUGUAGGACCUUAUCUGAUGUACAUCUUGCUAUGUAUCAGGUUUCAUAUUGUAAUAAAAUACUGUAUAGUAUCUCGACUGUGGUAAUAGACCAAAUCUCAUACUUGUUGGCUUUCAA